AUGGUGAUCCAGCAGAUGUUUAAAAUGGUGGUUGGCGGUACUGCUGUUGUUAUAACAGCGUGCCUUGGUGCACUUUAUGUGUACCAGAGCAAGCUGGUGUAUCCUUCAUGGGCGCAAGGCGCGCGAAAGCACGUUGACACGCCAGACCUGUACGGGUUGCCCUACCAGGAGCUGCGACUGCGGACGCGCGAUGGAGUGGAGAUCCGGGCGUUCGACAUUCGGAAUCUAAGGUCUAAGGGUACGAUUUUGGUGCUGGCGCCCAACGGGGGCAACAUCGGGUACUUUCUUUCGGUGGCGGAGCUGCUGUACCGGCAGAUGGGGCUGUCUGUGUUUCUGUACUCGUACCGCGGAUACGGGUACUCGGAGGGCGAGCCGAGCGAGCAGGGUCUAAAGCUGGACGCCGACCGCGUGAUGGAAUACAUGCGGAAGGACGAGUUCUACCGGACGCAGCGACUGGUUCUGUAUGGGCGCUCGCUGGGGGGAGCGAAUGCGCUAUAUAUUGCGCGCAAGUACGGUGCGCAGUGCGACGCGCUGAUUCUUGAAAACACGUUCCUUUCGAUUCCUAAGGUGAUCCCGUACGUGUUUCCCUAUCUUCGGUACGUGUCGUUCCUCUGCCGGGAGGUGUGGAACUCGGAGGAGGAGAUCCGGCUUGUGGACGAGACCAUACCAAUUCUGUUUCUGAGUGGCCUGAAAGACGAAAUAGUGCCCCCCAGCCACAUGCAAGCGCUGUACAGCUUGUCGAAAUCCUCCGGCAAGAAGUUUGUGACGUUUGCAGACGGAUAUCAUAACGACACGAUAAUACAGAAUGGCUACUGGGACGUGGUCCACGACUUCCUGCAAAAACACGACGUCAUCUAG